CCCCUCCCUCUCUUCCUGGAAACGAAACUAAAACAAAACUACAAAUGUACCCGCCAAAACAGAGGAGGUAUCUCUUUGAGGCAGUAACAGAACACACAGACAAAGACUACAAGGUUUUACACAGACACCCAGCAGAAAUGAGCCUACAGGUUUGCCACUGCUGCGGCUGGUCCAAAGUGACGACUCACCAGGGCCUGAGAAUUCACCAGGGGAAGAAUGGAUGCACGCCGAAGGGUGUGAGGAUUGCAGAGACUCAGCCACAGCAGUGUCUGUGGGAUUAUGGGGGAUUUCCGAAGAUUCAAACGGACCUCCAAGUGCAAAUAAGCGCGUCUAUCAAGACAGACACGGCAGACUAUUAUUCAGAGAUGAGUCUCCAGGUUUGUCAUUGUGGCUGGAAGAAAAUGACAACUUAUCACGGCUUGAAGACUCACCAGGGGAUGAUGGGAUGCACGGCAAAGGGAAUGAAGAAAGAGCAGUACGUCUGGAAAAAAGAUUGGGAAGCUCAGGUGGAUCACAAUCAUCUGCCAGCUAAGAAGGUGGCCACCAAGAGGGAGAAUUUUGCAGAGACACAAAGGACGGUCAGUAUCGGCAUCUUAACAGCCACAAUCAAAGAUGAAUACGAAUCACCAUCUUCCCAAAGAGCCACAAAGUCAAGGUCAAGUCAUGAGCUACAAAACUUCUCCACCCUUCCACAGAUAAACAGACCAGUCAGAGACCAUUCAACGCCAGCAUAUCCAGGAAAUGUAGUUAAACCUAAGGAGAGAAAAAGAAAGAAUCCAACAUUAUCACAGAAUGCAGAUAGGAGAUCAAUAGAUCUGUAUACCGAACUGUAUGCGGCAACAACAGCCACAAUCAAGGAGGAGCCUGAAUCACCAUUUGCACUUCAACAACCAUCUGCACGAACAGCCACAAAGUCAAAGUCAGGCCAUCAACUGCAAGGGUUCUCUGCCCUUCCACAGAAUGUCAACCGGAGAUCAGAGGACGCAAGUUGGAGCAUUGACAGCUAUACUGAACUGUAUGCAGCGGAAGAAGACACAAUCAAGGAGGAGCCUGAAUCACUAUUUGCACCUCAAGAGCCGCCUUCCCGAAGAACCAAAAAGACAAAGUCAGUCUGUCAGCGGCAGGAUUUCUCCAAUGAUGCGCAGGUGAAUAGGUUGGUCAGGGCGCCUCCACCUAAUCCACCUCUAUUCAAAGUAGUGCGACCUAAGGUGAAAGAGAGGAAAGGUACCAAGAUGAGGAGUGUGGCCAGGGAGCUUCCGCCGACUACAUUCCCAGUACCUGUUGUCCAACCAAAGGAGAAAAAAAGGGAUUAUAGUCAGACACUUUCAGAGAAUGUCCAAGUGCCACCAAUCAACUUACAAGCAACAACCACAACCAUGGAGGAGCCCAGAUCAUCUUUUCAAACAUCAUGGGGCUCCUUCCUAAAAGGCACUGGCACAGACGCAGGAAAUCAACUGCAGGAUUUGUCUUCUAGCGAGCAGGUGGACAGAUCCGUCACGGAGAAUCCAAAAACUCCUUCUCCAGUCCAGCCCAAGAAGGAGUCACCUUUAUUCAGUUCGACACAAGAGAGAAUUAAGUCUGAAUUACAGCAAAAGUUUCAGAUGAGAGAAGAAAAGAUGAGUGAAAUCAGACAAGUGGAGGCAGCCUGUAAGAGCGUCCCAGAUUCGACAAGUACCCACACAGAUUCCGCAUCCUCACAAAAUAAGGAUCCAUCAUCAUUGUAUGAAGCUACACAACCUGAUUGCUCCGCUAGCACAAAGGUAAAGGAACUGGCCCGUAUGUAUUCAGCUGUACAGGAAACAGCAGUCCAGCCUGAAGAGACAGACACAGAGAAACCAAAACUAUCACAGAGCGUGCCAGUGUCACCGGUCAUCAACUCACAAACAGCAGCCACAACUAUGGAGGAGCCCAGAUCACCUUUUACAACACCACGACGCUCCCAAAAUGAUACUAACAUACAUGCAGAACAUCAAGUGCAGGAUUUAUCUGAGCAGAUGGACAGUUCAGUCAGAGAGAAUCCAAAAACUCCUCUAUCUUCAGUCCAGCCCAAGAAGAAAGAGUCACCUUUAUUCAAGGCGACACGAGAGAUGACAGAAGAAAAGAUGAGUGAAUCUAGACCAGUGGAGACAGCCCCUGAGAACAUGCCGGUGCCACCAAUACUCAACUCACAAACAACAGGUCACGGGGACAGUUCAGUCAGAGAGAAUCCAAAAACUCCUCUAUCUUCAGUCCAGCCCAAGAAGAAAGAGUCACCUUUAUUCAAGGCGACACGAGAGAUGACAGAAGAAAAGAUGAGUGAAUCUAGACCAGUGGAGACAGCCCCUGAGAACAUGCCGGUGCCACCAAUCCUCAACUCACAAACAACAGGUCACGGGGACAGUUCAGUCAGAGAGAAUACAAAAACCCCUCCACCAGUGCAGCCCAAGAAGAAGGAGUCACCUUCAUUCAAGGCAACGCAGGAGACAAUUCAGUCUAAAUUACAGCAAGAAGUUCAGGUGGCAGAAGAAAGGAUGAGUGAAUCUAGACCAGUGGAGACAGCCUGUAAGAGCAUCUCAGAUUCAGCCACUAUGAACACAAGAACAGAUUCUGCCGCCUCACAAAAGGAGGAUCGGACAUCAUCUGCACAGCCUGGUUUCUCCACUGGCAUGAAGGUGAAGGAACUUGCCCAGAUGUUUUCAACUCUCCAGGAAACAGCAGUCCAACCAGAGGAGAAAGACAGAGAGAAAGCAAACAUAUCACAGAGCGUGCCAGUGUCACCAGUCAUCGACUCACAAACGACAGCCACAACCACGGAGGAGGCCAGAUCACCUUUUACAACACCACGACGCUGUUUACAUAAAGAUACUAACAUACAUGCAGAUCAUCAACUGCAGGUUGCAAGAUCAGUUCGGGACAAUCCAAAAACCCCACCUCCAGUCCAGCCCAAGAAGAUGGAAUCCCCUUCAUUCAAGGCAACAUGGGAGAGGAUUCAGUCUGAGUUACCGCAAAACAUUCAGAUGCAAGAAAAAAAGAGCAGUAUAAUCAGAGCAGUAGAGGCAGUCUGUGAGAGCGUCCCAGAUUCAACAAGUGUGACCACCCAAAGAGAUUCUGCUCCCUCACAAAAGGAGGAUCAGACAUCAUUGUAUGAAGCUGCACAGCCUGAUUUCUCCAAUUGCAUGAAGGUGAAAGAACUGGCUCAGAUGUUUUCAGCACCCACAGCCGGGGAAGCAGCAGUCCAACCAAAGGACAAGGACAAAGAGAUACGAAAACUGUCACAGGUAAAGCUCCUGGCUCAAAGGUUUUCAGCCAACACAGUUCAGGAAACAUCAGCCCAACCAAAUGAGAAAGCUGCCAGGCCAUCAAAGCUGUCACAGAAGUUUCCAGACUCAAAAAUUUUUGCAAGAUCAGUUCAGGACAAUCCAAAAACCCCACCUCCAGUCCAGCCCAAGAAGAAGGACUCACCUUCAUUCAAGGCGACAUGGGAGAGGAUUCAGUCUGAGUUACCGCAAAACAUUCAGAUGCGAGAAAAAAAGAGCAGUAUAAUCAGAGCAGUAGAGGCAGCCUGUGAGAAGUUUCCAGACUCAAAAAUUGCUACCAUCAACAGGAAUUCUGAGCCUACAGAAGUACCACUGAAGGACGUUCCUGAACCAUCUUCCGAGCUCUCAGGUUUCUCCACAUCUGUGAAGGUGAAGGAUCUGGCCCGGUUGUUUUCAGCUGCCGCAAGACAGGAAAAGUCUGUCCAACCAAUGGACAAACAGAGGGAGGGACAACACCCUACACAGAGGAAGUUUCUUAACCAGAAACAGUCUGCUCCAGUGGCCCAGAAAACAGCAACAUGCAGACCAAAAGAGAAAGACAAGGAGAAUCAAAAACCGUCCAAGUGGACGUAAAGCUGAAUUCAGCCCCAUCGCUCAGCUGCCUUGUUUCUGCUGAUGGGUAGAAAGCGAGAGGAGAAAGGCUCCAGAGGCUCUGGGGACAUUUUGGCAGUGUCCCCUAACAGUCAUAUUGGGAAUGGGAGGUUAGCAACAAAUCUAAUGGGAUCUGGGUGCAGCAACACGCAACGCAAACCACAUAGGGAACAUUACACGUCACUUUUCCCUGAAAGAAAAGUGUUUAUGGUUAAUCCAGGAACAGUUAAAAAGUCAUAAAUCCACAAGGAAAUGAUCAGCUGCACAUAGAGCAGAGGAGGAGGCUCAGGUAGAAUUAAAAUAUUACUGUAGCCUGGAAUUACACACUAUCUGGAUUUCAUUAUGUGUGAAAACAAAAAAAAAGGUAAAAUUACCUCCAAAACUGGGUGGUCCUACAUCUAAUCAGAGCCAUUUUGUU